CACAGAGCCUUCCCCGGUGAGCUAAGUGUCUGCUGGUUCCAAAAUGGCCGACGCAUGGGGGAUAGUUUCGUUAACAUGACCGUUACUUGCCAACCACAGAGUCUGAGAUUUUGGGAGGAAAGAUAAACCGGUUCCUCUGACACAAUAAGCUCAACCGCAUGCAGCCAUCCUCCUGUUGGAGGAACUUGCGGCUAGCAGAAGCUCUGUAAGCCAGCAAGGGGUAGGAGGAACUGAAGCGCAAUUGGACAGUCUGCGGUGCAACAGAAUGGCGGAGCGGAGCGGCAGGUGCAGCUGAGUCGCGCAGACACCGUGGGGAAGAGGCAAACUCAUUAUCGUCAAUGCAUUUAUAUCGAAACGAACAAGGACUAGUGCUUUCUGACAAUGCAUCUUCCUCAAUAGACAUUGAAGAAGAGGGGGGUAAAUAUGACCAGCUUUAAUUUGCCCAAUUUAUGUAUUUAUACUGUUAGUUGCCAAGGGUGAAAGGUUUAAUUGCAAGGGAUAUCGCAAGGGAUAAUUAUAAAGCUGAUCUGCGUAAGGAUAUACAUCAAUUAUGAAAGCUGAUUUCAAAGUGUCAGUGAAUCGUGUCACUGCGAAAGUUAUGGUAGCUAUUGGACGUAUCAGGUAGCAUAUCUUGUUACAUCCAAAUGUAAUUCUAUUGUGUAGUGGACGGUCGCUGCGUGUCGGUUUGCCUGGACUUAGUAGCCUAGUCUCUGCUCCCUCGUUGUAUCCUGCGUUUUUCAGCAGAAGCAGAAUUGCACUAAGCUGGAUCAAUGCACCAGAGACACCUUUGCACUCGUUUGUUACAGAAUAAUUGUAGAUAGUCAAAAUUUCACUCUCAGUUGUUGAUACACAAGGUGGAAUGAAACGAGAGAAUAAAUGAAAGUACUAGAGAACUGUAGUCUAUAUAGCGUUACAAUAUGUUAAUACGUGAUCAAUAAUAAUUUCCCUGUGUCUUCGCCUUUUUCGCUCUUGCUGCAAAGGGAAACACAACAGUACUAAUCCAGGAUUUCUUCCCCCAUUCCUUAGGACAAAAUAGAAAUAGAAUAGAACAAAACAAGAAUAGAAAUGUGGACGUUUCAAAGAGGUAUGUGCUAAAAAGUAAAAACUGGCUGGUCCAUUUGAUGCUUAAAUCAGAAAAAGAGAGGUUGUGAAAGAGGCCUCCUUCAGCUUUCUGAAGACUCAGCGGUGUUAGUAUGCACGUAGCUGGAAGAUUAAGUACACAUGGACAGAGUGAGGCAUGGAAAGUAAUGCAUUCCUUGGAGCUGGUGUAGGGAAUUCAUGGAGGAAGAGCCCCAAUGCAAACAAUGUGGGUGUGGGAAAUUAGAUGAAUACUCAAACACCUAUUUAAGGGAAUUGAAUAGAGAGGCAAUGUUCAGAGAGAGAGUGGAUGGGGAGUUGAAAGAAUGUGGGAGGCAAGAGAGUGAGUGAUCGGCGGAGGUGGGUAGCUCGGCAUCAGAUAUCCUCAGACAUGCGCAAACCAACCAGCUAAUUUGGUAUUGCAGUGGAUUUUUUGGAGAUCAACUUUUGCCCUUGUUCUGCUGUCCUUCCCUUGUCAUCACUGUUUCAAGAAUGGCUCAGAGGCUUCUUGGAAAUGUCCCGAAACCACUUCUCCAAGGAAUGACUCACGAAGAGUGGAUAGCCGGAAAAAGAUAUUGCUCUUCCGGGUACAUUUGACAUUUAACUUCAUGUGAAAGAAGUGCUUCUUGAGCCAAUAGGGUAUAGACAGACAUAUGCUUUCUGAACUGCCAUCUAUCCCUCAUAGCUACCAGCUGACAGACCUUUGGCAGAUAUCGCUCGCCAUUUUCUCAGACUUUGGUUCCAAGUGUUUAGUGGAUACUGCUGUUGAAUUGUGAGCCAUGGAAGUGAUAGCAGACACUCUUUUCUCCCGCCAAACACGUGUGUAUGGGCUUGGAAUGCACAGACGCGUCUUUUCCCAGCUGUGACCCCCAUCCACUCACUCACUGUAGAUACCACUUGCCUCUGACCCUAAAAGCGUGGACUUAAAUGUGACAAAAGUAUAAAGAAAAACGGGUCAGUCACAGACUUUCAUAUUUUUUCUUCUCCCUAAUUAAAGAUUUGCAUGGGAUCUUGUUGUGUGGGUUGUUGCCUCAUCAAAUAUUCAUCUCUUUUUGAGUGAGAAUUUCUUGUAGACGUAGGAAGGGUACUCCUGUGCCUCAGAGAGACAGAGAGAGAGAUAGAGAGAAACAGAAAAAAAAACAGAGAGAGAGCACCUUCUGCCUCUAAACCUCUCCAGCACGCUCCCUCUCCCCCCCACUUACAGAGCGUGUGGGGGGGGGGAGCACCAAAUUCAGGGUGAACGUACGUUUUGUUUGUGAGGCGAGCGGAAAUCAUCUGGGGCAUCAGCCAUGGAUGCUGGAGGUCAGGGCAGCCCCGAGAGCCCGAACCGGGCCGUCGAAUACCUCCUGGAGCUCAACAACAUCAUCGAGAGCCAGCAGAAGCUUCUGGAAACUCAGCGACGGCGCAUUGAGGAGCUGGAGGUCCAGCUGGACCGGCUCAGCCAGGAGAACAAGGACCUCAAACUGGAAAGGCAGCCUCGCGUGUCCGACAGCAUUGGUUCUGGUCUACUUGUGGGCCACGUCUGCCAACCGCCUCCUGUCCCCAUCCAUCCCAUCCAGGCCCAUAACAGUGCGCCCAUCCCAGUACCACCGCCACCCCCUCCGCCGGUGCCACAGCGAGACCGCCGGACCCACACCGUCCUGAGCCGGGUGGUGUCGUCUGGACCCAUCACUGUAGAGAGGGAGAGACUGGAGCGCAAUGACACCUCCAGCACCAGCUCGGCCGCUACUCUCCACAGACAUGUGGAGGGGGAGCCCCAGUGUGCAGAGACAGGUAGCUUCUCUGACAGCACUGGCAGUCAGGCCCCAUACCUGGGCAGCUCGGAGCGCUACGGGAAGCCCAGCAUUGCUGUGGGCCCCCAGGGGCCUCCCGUGGCCCCUCCGAGCCCCACUAGUCUGGCCUGGGCCCAGCACACCCGGCACCAGCCCGCCAGCCUGGCCCUGCGCAAGCAGGAGGAGGAAGAGAACAAGCGCUGCAAGGCCCUGUCAGACAGCUAUGAGCUCUCAACAGACAUGCAGGACAAGAAGGUGGAGAUGCUGGAGAGGAAGUAUGGCGGCUACUUCCUGAGCAGGCGUGCGGCGCGCACCAUCCAGACGGCCUUCCGCCAGUACCGCAUGAACAAGAACUUUGAGCGCCUGCGCAGUUCCGCCUCAGAGAGCCGCAUGACGCGCCGCAUCAUCCUCUCCAAUAUGCGCCAGCAGUACUCCUUCGACGAGCGGCAGCAGCCGCAGAUGCAGUCGCAGUCGCAGUUGCAGCAGCAGCGCUACCCGCACCCCAUGGCGUUGGGGCUGGCAGGGCAGCCUGACUCGCACGACCAGGAGGGCGCCUCUUCGCCCGACUGCCAGGGAGAGAGGGAGGACUACACAAACAUGGACGACUCCUUCUCCAAACAAGUGAAAUCGCUGGCGGACUCCAUGGACGACACGCUCACUUGUCAGUCAGGCCGUGGCGACUCACAGGAGGAGAGUGGGGAAGGGUUGGGCGGGGAGGAGAGCGACGACUUCGGCGAGUGCGUGUGGAUCAACCCCAGCAACCCGUCGUUGUCACGGCGCCGCCUUGCGGAGCGGGAGCGCGCCGGCGGGGUCCUGAGCAUGCACGAGGACAGCACGGCCACGUCCUACAGCGACGUGACGCUCUACAUGGACGACGGCAUGCCCUCCUCGCCGCUCUCGCUUGACCGCGCCCCCAGCAGCACCGACACCGAGUACUGGGCAGGCAUUGGGGGCGGCAGCGGCGGAGGGAUGAUGAUGGCCGGAGGCCGGGAGGACAGCCGGGAUACCGAGGGCGCCGGCAGCGGCAAUAGCCGGCGGAGCACGCCCUGCACCGAGUGCCGUGACUACCGGUUGCGAGGCCCGCACCUGCCCGUGCUGACCAUCGAGCCGCCCAGCGACAGCUCGGUGGACAUGAGCGACCGCUCCGACCGCGGCUCCCUCAACAGGCAGCUGAUGUACGAGCAGGAGCCCCCUGGUGGUGGGGGAGUCGGGGCAAGUGGAGGAGUCGGAGUGGGAGUUGGAGGAGGAAGUGUAAGUGUAGGGAUCGGGGGCUCGCCUCAGGGAACGCUCAAGCAUAGCCCCAACGCCCGCACCAUGUCCACCUGCACCGCCCAGGGUCAGACUCGCACCCCUGGCCGGCCCCUGCCCUCCCCCAUCCCCACGCCACUGCCCCACCACACCAUCCUACACCACCACCACCAUCACCACCACCACCCUCUGCACCACCCUGUCCACCUCCACCACCACCACCCAUACCCAGACACCCCCACGUCCCCCUCCCCGCAGCAGCCGCCCCUCACCCCCCUAACCCCCCUCACCCCUCUCACCCCCCUCUCCUCCACAUCCUCCAUGCCCCCAAUGAUCCCGGGCGUGCUGGAGCAGCCCUGCUGCUCGGACGGAGACAACGACUCACUGAACUCCACCACCAACUCCAACGAGACCAUCAACUGCAGCACGGGCUCGUCGUCUCGGGACAGCCUGAGGGAGCCGAUGCCCCCGCUGGGGAAGCAGACCUACCAGAGGGAGAGCCGCCACAGCUGGGACUCGCCUGCUUUCAACAACGACGUGGUGCAGAGGAGGCAGUACCGCAUCGGACUCAACCUCUUCAACAAGAAGCCAGAGAAGGGCAUUCAGUACCUGAUAGAAAAGGGCUUCGUGUCGGACACCCCCGUGGGCAUCGCCCGCUUCAUCCUGGAGCGGAAAGGGCUCAGCCGACAGAUGAUUGGAGAGUUCCUGGGCAACCGGCAGAAGCAGUUCAACAAAGACGUGCUGGAUUGUGUGCUGGAUGAGAUGGACUUCUCGGGGAUGGAUCUGGAUGACGCUCUGAGAAAGUUCCAGGCUCAGAUCAAAGUACAAGGGGAGGCCCAAAAGGUGGAGAGGCUGAUUGAGGCUUUCAGUCAGCGAUACUGCGUGUGCAACCCAGUGCUGGUCCGACAGUUUCAGAACCCUGACACCAUCUUCAUCCUGGCGUUUGCCAUCAUCCUUCUCAACACAGACAUGUACAGCCCAAAUGUGAAGCCCGAGAGGAAGAUGAAAAUGGAGGACUUCAUCAAGAACCUGCGAGGUGUGGACAACGGUCAGGACAUUCCACGGGAUCUGCUUGUUGGGAUCUACCAGCGCAUCCAGAAAUGGGAGCUGCGGACCAACGAUGACCACGUGUCUCAAGUGCAAGCUGUGGAGAGGGUUGUUGUCGGGAAAAAGCCUGUGCUGUCCCUGCCUCAUCGCAGGCUGGUGUGUUGUUGUCAGCUGUAUGAGGUUCCUGACCCCAAUCGACCCCAGAGGACGGGAGUUCACCAGAGGGAGGUCUUCCUCUUCAACGACCUGCUCGUGGUGACUAAGAUCUUUCAGAAGAAGAAGACCUUGGUGACGUACAGCUUCAGACAGUCCUUUCCCCUGGUGGAAAUGCAGGUUCACAUGUUCCAGAACUCCUACUACCCUCAUGGGAUCCGUCUGACGUCGGCCAUCCCGGGGGACGAGAGGAAGGUUCUGAUCGUGUUCACGGCUCCUAGUCAGCAGGACCGCUCGCGCUUUGUGAGCGACCUAAGAGAGAGCAUCGCCGAGGUGCAGGAGAUGGAGAAGUACCGCGUGGAGUCCGAGCUGGAGAAGCAGAAAGGUGUGAUGCGGCCUGGCCUUCUGAACGAAGGGGGCGGUGGUGGCGUGGGAGGAGGAGGAGGCGGUGUGGGGAUGAAGAGCGAGGCGGUGAACGGCACUCUGGGAAGGCCGAGCCUGGAUGACACAUACGCCAACACCGACGGGCUCAAGCGCACGGCUCUCAGCUCCUCCUUGCGAGAUCUCUCAGAGACAGGGAAACGAGGUCGCAGAAACAGCGCCGGCUCCUUGGAUAGUACCAUCGAAGGGUCGAUCAUCAGUAGCCCACGGCCCCACCAGCGAAUGCCCAUGUCCAGUUGCUAUGGCCUAGACGACUACCGGCCUCACCGCCCCAUCCUGAGCCCCGGAGUAGGGGUGGGGGGUGGGCCGGGGCAACAGCAACACACCAUGGGUGGCAACAACAUCGGAGGCAUGGGCUGCGCCAGUGGUCUAUCCAGCAGCGGCGAGCCCCGCGGGGUUGGUGGGGGGGGGACUGGGAGUGGCUCGGGGGGCAGCAGCUCGGGUUCCUUCCUGGGCUCCCUGUUUGGCAGCAAGCGCGCCAAGCCACCCGCCCCCCUCAUCCCUCCUGGGCCGCACUACCCGGCACCCGUGCCCCCUCCCACCAGUGGGGGUCCGCCGCCGCUCUCGCCGUCCUCCCUCACCGACCCCGGUGGGCCGUCCAAGCUUCAGGCGCUGCACGCGCAGUAUUGCCACAACAACAGCGUGGGCCAGCCGCCACCCCCCUAUCACCACCACCACCGCUACCACGUGCAGGCCGUGCCCAUGGUCAGCGUGCCCCCUUGCUCUACACCAGGCAUGCACCACACCAUCCAGCGCGGUUCCUUGCCCAGGCGCCCGCAGCCUAUGCCUAUGCCAAGCCACGCCCAGCUGCAGCAGUACAGCCAGCAGCAGGUCCAGAUCUCCCAGCAUGCUAUGCUUCAGCAGCAGCAGCAAGGACGCUACAUCAGUAUGGGCAUGGGCAUGACCUGCACGCCUCCUCCGCUUUCGCCACACUCCCCGCUCUCUCCCGUGUCUCCGUUCCCGAUGUACCACGCGCACGCACUCUCGCAGGCGCAUACACACAUGCCGCUGCAUCCCACACACUCGGUGCGCGGCCCCGGCCCCGGGCCCAAGAUGCCGCUCAUGCUGUCGCACUCGCAGCCGCACCCGCACGCCCACUCGCACGUCGCCCACUCUCACGCCCACGGCCACCUGGGCGGUGGCGGUGGACUCGCCCACAGCCCCCUCCCCGCGCACCAUCAGCACUUUGUCUUUGCUGCGCCACCCCAGGCGCCACCCACCGCCAUCACGGCGCGCUAUGUGCCCCAGUUCCCGCACCCCUCCACCAUUCCGCCUCCACCCCCUCACUCGCCCCUGCCCCCGCCCUCGCCUCAUGCACCUCUUACACCUCUUACGCCUCUUACGCCUCUCUCCCCCCACCCACCCCAGUCGCUGGCACAGGGAGGGGGCCCGGGUGGGGGGGGGCCCGGUGGCAGCGGGGGAGGGGGUGGCAGCAACAGCGGCACGGUGGGCAGCUCCAAGUCCAAGCCUAUCAACCGCAUCAGCACAGUGGUGUGAGGGGACCAACGGGAGGGGGCCACGGAGCCCCAGGGCCAAUUGUGAGAGCCAGGGUCCAGUUUAGGGGCAGCGCUGGAGCCCUGCAGCAGCGUAGAGGCAGUGGCGGCAGAGGAGGAGGAGGAGGCGCGGGCAAGAGGAAGAGGAGGAAGAAGAGCAAGCACAGUCUGAUGAGACUUUGCUACUUUCACGUCGGCUGCCCUAGCGUGUAGAACCUUGAGCCCCGUCGUCUCGCGACCAGAUUGAGCUGCAUAAGCAUGCCUCAUCCAGCCCGUUUGUUUGUUUGUUUGUUUGUUUGUUUGUCCGUUUAGUUUUGGAUAGCGCUUGUGUUUCAGUUGCAAAUAAGGACGAGAUGCAGAUGUGCAUGCCGCCAAACAAACGCAAAGCAAAAUCCGCCCAAGACGCUUCUACCCACUGCACAUUCAGGCUGAAUACAAACGUGUGAGGGGUGCCGAGGACGAUCAGUCCUGCCAAUCACAGUUCAGGACACGUAAACAGACACACUAGCGCAUGAGAGAGAGAGUGGCAGCUACCAAAAAGGGGCAGGUAAUGACAGGGGGUAGCCAGAAGCAGAGGAGAGUGGCUUUAGAGGUGAGCUUUCACUCCGGCUCAGCCAAGAUUCCAGUCUGGCAUUUACACACAUGACCCCAGAAUGACCUUCUGUGUGGUGUGCGUAGGUGUGUGUCAGGUCCCCGUUAUUUAGUUCAGUCAUCAUUGGAGUAUACAGGUUCUUUCAGUGGUCGUGAAGGACGCUUACAUACAGUCACACACAUUCAAAGACAACAGCAGUCAGAGCACGGAGGAGAUGGUGCGUGGCUGUUGCCAUUUUGAAUCACAGGAUUCGCGACGAAUGUGAUGUUGAUCAUCAUAUGACAAUCAUUUCAUUACCAACACAAGGGACACGGAUGGUGGAUUAAGAUUGCAAUGCAGGGCUAAUCACUACAGCCAAUGUUGUUGUUCUAUUCUGAUUUGCUUUGUCAUGAGACAUUUGGUGAACAUUUGAUUCUCCAACAUGGAGGACACAUUUUAUUUUUAUGGACCUACUUCAAAGACUGGUCCUUAUUAUUAUCCGAAAAAGGUCUAUUCCCCACUCCUGCUAUUUUGAAGUCUGGAAUCCAGUGUAUAUGGUGGAGAGUUUAUUGAAGUAUUGCUCAAAAUCACUUUCCUCAAAUGCAAUAAGCAAGCCAUACUAACAUGACAUUCUGAGAGUUUGGUCAGAGAAUAUUUCAUGUUAAAGUUUUAUAUCUGUGUUUGGUUGUGACAUGGCUGAGUGGUGGUAAUUACCCAUUUUUUCCUUUUUUUUUUGUUGCACAAACAGAAAGUUAACAGUUUUUUUAAACUGGAUUGGAUUGUUUUGGUUUAUCAGUGAUGCUACAUUUUAAUCCACUAUCAUUGCCUAAGGAGAGGCACCUGAUCUCAACAAGUUCUCACGCCUUGGUAAAGUAAAUUAGGAAUUAUCUACUGUGUGUAUUGCAUACUCUACAGGCCCUAUAAUUAAAAUGUAAAACCUACAGAUUAAUGCCAUUUUACUCUUUGUCAUUGUACAUAGCCUUAGUGCCUAUAUGUUGGGAUAGAAACAUUACUUAAUGGGCAAAAUUGCACCACUUUGUACAAUGCCAUUGGGAGAGAUUACAGGAGAAGUUGGGAUGGAAGAUGUCAUUCCUAUACAAAUGAAAGUGUCAAAGUGUGAUCAUGGUUAAUAUGUUAUUGUAAAAAUCCUAUCUUUUUUUAAUGUGAAUGGAAGAGUAACAUUAUUAAUAUAAAUAUAAUAUGGACAUUGUAAAUGAGAGCGAAAUGCAUUGUGAGGGAGGAAACCUUUUUUUUGUUUUGACUGCAAUUGUAAAGGUAACUAUUGCAGAUAUUAAUAUUGAUAUUAUCGGUGUAAUAGCUAUCACUAAUAUGAGCAGUUACUGUUCCAGCAAAAUACUGUAAUGUUCAAUUUUUGAUUUAACUUUAUGUUAUAAACUGUGCUUUGUUGUAUGCAGGCAGCAGAACUUCUAAUAUUACUGGAUGUAAUGUGAUUGUGUACUGUAAACUUUGCCUAGGCCUACAUUAGUUUUAUGACAUCUAAAUGACUACCCCGCUUCCUUAAGUGACACACCUUUUCAGCUGUGUGUCAAAUUAUUUUUUAAAACCUCUGUAACUAAUAACAAAUCCAUAAUAUUCAUCAGGGAGGUGGUGUCAAGUACAGGUCUGGGUCUCUGCACACACAUACUGAAGUAUGCCUGCAUGCCAGCACACACACACACACACACACACACACACACACACACACACACACACACAGUAGGUUACAUACAGGAAUUCAUGUUUGCUCUCUCUUACUCACACACUCACUUAUGCACAGGAAAUCACUUUAUCUCUCUCUCUCUUUCUCUCUCUCUCUCUCUCUCUCUCUCUCUCUCUUUCUCUCACACACACACAAACACACACAUACAUACACACACACACAAAUACUAUAAAACACACUGCUCCUGGAGCCUUUACCCCGUACAGACAUGCUGCUGUAGUUGUCUGGGGUUUUGUUGGCAGUGCGGCCUCAGGCUGUUCAUGCUUCAGAUGUACAGUAGUUACCACAGUCCCCCCCCCCCCC